CCCUCACUGUGUCUGCUAUGUGAGUGGUUGAGCAAGAAAGAGAGGGAGAGGAUGAGAGAGAGAGAGAGAAGGAGGGGGGCAAGUGAGGGCUAAAGAGACUGAGAAUGGAUGGGCGACGAGAAACCGUGCGAGCGAGAGAGACAGAGUGAGCUUGUGCAUGCACAGUGUCAGCAGCGAAGACGCACAAAGUCUAUGAGCUCACAUCAACAAGAGUGUGUGUGUGUGUGUGUGUGGCAGAGCUGACCGCUGGCAGAAGAGUGACACAAAAAGUCAAGAGACGCACAGAAGAAAAAGAAGAUAAAGAAGAAGAAGAAGAAGAAGAAGAGGCAUCAGAGGAAGAGAAGGACCGGAGACAGACUACGAGCUUACCACUGGUUUUGCCCUCUGCGCUCCCUAGUCAUGAUCCCUUGGGUUCUUCUGCUCCUGUGGAUCUGCAGACAUGGGGCGGAGGCCAUGUUUGCCCAGCAGCCACAGGACCUGGUGGUGGUGGCAGGCCACCCUGUGACGUUACCAUGCACUAUCCCCGGUUACCAUGGCGUUGUUCUGUGGAUCAAAGACGGCCUAGCACUUGGAGUUGGCAGAGAUCUCUCUGGCUAUCCACGUUACACGGUGAUUGGUGACCACGGUUCAGGGGAGCAUCAUCUGCAAAUCCAGCGUGUCGAGCUGAUGGAUGACGCCGUGUUUGAGUGCCAGGCUGUCCAGGCUGCCAUGAGGUCCCGUCCCGCUCGUCUCACUGUGCUAGUUCCCCCAGAGGACCCAGUCAUCAGUGGAGGGCCGGUGGUGAGUCUGAGGGCUGGUGAUCCACUUAAUCUGACAUGCCACGCUAACAAUGCCAAGCCAGCAGCCUCAAUUAUUUGGAUCCGCAAUGGAGAAGUCCUUAAUGGGGCCAUGUACUCCAAGACUUUGUUGCGGGACGGUAGAAGAGAAAGCACCGUGAGCACGCUCUACCUAUCACCUUCCAACAUCGAGACAGGGCAGCACAUCACCUGUAAGGCCUCCAACAAGGCAGUUCCCAACGGCAAGGAGACCAGCGUCACAAUUGACAUCCAACAUCUCCCACUUGUCAAUCUCUCAGUGGACCCUCAGCCUGUUCUGGAGGGCAACCUUGUGAAAUUCCACUGCUCCGCAAAGGCCAACCCUCCUGUCACACUCUACAGGUGGGCCAAAGGAGGGAGUAUAAUCAAGGAGGUCUCUGGAGACACGUAUGAGGUGACUGUGGACCACUCCUUCUUUACGGAACCUGUUUCUUGCGAGGUUACCAACCCUCUUGGCAGCACCAACAUCAGCCGCAAUGUGGAUGUAUACUUUGGCCCCCGCAUGGCUGCAGAGCCUCAGUCUUUGCAAGUGGACCUGGGAUCUGAUGCUGUGUUCAACUGUGCUUGGACAGGCAAUCCGUCUCUUACCAUAGUGUGGAUGAAGAGGGGAUCUGGUGUGGUUCUGAGCAAUGAGAACCUCCUGACACUGAAAUCUGUGAGACAGGAGGAUGCUGGGAAAUAUGUUUGCCGUGCUGUGGUUCCCCGUGUAGGAGCAGGGGAGAAGGAGGUUUCUCUCACUGUGAAUGGACCACCGACCAUCUCCAGCACACAGACUCAGCAAGCUUUGCAUGGAGAGAAAGGGCAGAUCAAGUGUUUCAUUCGCAGUACACCACCACCAGAUCGUAUUGCGUGGUCAUGGAAGGAAACCGUGCUGGAGUCGGGAACAUCUGGCCGCUACACUGUAGAAACGGUCACCACAGAAGAAGGCGUCAUCUCAACACUGACCAUGAGUAACAUCGUGCCGGCUGACUUCCAGACCAUCUACAACUGCACCGCGUGGAACAGCUUCGGCUCCGACACCGAGAUCAUACGCCUUAAGGAACAAGGUGGGAGCCAAGAGUCUCUCCCGGUGGCAGUGAUCAUCGGCAUUGCUGUGGGAGCCUUUGUGGCCCUUAUUGUUCUCAUGGGCACCGUUGGGGCGUUCUGUUGCACUCGCUCCCAGAGAAAAGAAGCGCACCUGGUUAUGCCCUCACUGCCCGUCUCCAUCUGUGCUCACCAGAGAGAACUUGCAAGCAAAAUUAAGACAGAAAAUCUGAAAGGAGUCGUGUCGGCGAAAAAUGACAUCCGUGUCGAGAUUGUGCACAAAGAUCACAAUGCAGCACGGGAGAGUGAAGAACACACCUCCAUGAAGCAACUGAUGGUGAGUGUCGAACGCGAGGAGUUCCAGCAGGAAUCUGUUCUGAAGCAGCUGGAGGUAUUACAAGAGGAAGAGAAGGAGUAUCAACACAUUAAGGAUCCUACAAAUGGCUACUACAGUGUUAAUACUUUCAAGGAGCACCACACGCCAACCAUGGUGGGCAACCAGUCCACCGAGGUGAGGAAUCCCACCAACACAGGUACUCUGGGCAAGCAGAGAGUACCGACAGGCAUGUCCUUCACCAACAUCUAUUCCACUCUGGGAGCAGGUCCCAACCGCCUCUAUGACUACAGCCAGCGCUUCGUGCUGGGCAUGGGCAGCAGCUCCAUCGAGCUCUGCGAGCGGGAGUUCCAGCGCGGCUCGCUCAGCGAUUCCAGCUCCUUCAUCGACACGCAGUGCGACAGCAGCGUCAGCAGCUACAGCAAGCCCGAUGGCUACGUGCAGUUCGACAAAGACAGCAAGGCGUCAGCCUCCUCUUCCUCCCAUUAUUCCCAGUCCUCAUCGCAGAACUCUGACCUCACGCGGCCACUGCAGAAGCGCAUGCAGACCCACGUCUGACCAAGCGGGAGGAAGGGUGUUCGAGCAGGGGGAGGGAUGCAACAGGAAGUAGGAUUGUAUAACUGUGAAACAAUGAGCUCCCAGGAAGUACCCCUAAAGUAACUGUGUUUUCUUCGGACACCUGCAGAUGCCAGGACUGGCUUUAACACGUCGUGUGACUCAUUGAGACUUCUCAAUGUCCCCCCCAAAAAAAAAUUAAAUCAGAAGCCUUAUAUUUUUCAUGCUUAACUCAUCAGCCACCUCUUUUUUAGACCCAUAGUCGGAUUUGUGCCACCGAGAAGUUAUUUGCCAACACAGAGGGGAACACGAGCCUGGAAUCUUUACAUUCAGGAUGUGGUUGGGUAUCACAUUGGAGGACAGGAAAACAAGGCUUUGUGUGACAAUCAAUUCUCUGGCAAAGGAAGCGUUUGCCUUGUGAAGAACUGAGAUGGUGGUAACGAGUGUUGAAAGCACUCUGAACAAAAUGCAUCCUGCAUGUCCUACCUCUCUCUCCUGUGGCCUGAAGCACAAAAAAACCAAUGUGCAAAUGGUUCUAAUUAAAACAAUAGCUUCUCUCACACCACCUUUCUUUUGAAAGCUGUGUGUUAAACUUGGCCUUUUGAAAUUCCUCUCCUGCGUAGGUGGACAAAAACUUUCGCCAUGUGCCCACUGAAGUCUCAAACAUCGAAAAGAUCGGCUGUUUUUCUCUCUGCAGCUGUAUCUAGGCCACAACAAGUAGAUAAAGAGGCCAAGAUCUCCUUUGAAAUCACUGAGUCAUUAUUUUACUUUUCUGCGAUAAAAGAAUAUCAGUGUACAUAUUUGACUGUAAUGUCUUUUCUAGCAGCUAAUUUCAGACUCUGACUCUAACUUUUCUUUUCCCAUAUUUUCUUUGCCUUCAGGGUCUUUUUGAACUGUGUCAAUAGAAACUUUGACUUAGUGAGACAGAGGUUUUCUCUCAGCUCUUCUGUUGACGGGGAGCCGUGUUCGCCAUAGUCUUACUGUCCCAAUACGAGUUUCUCCCGCUAACACCACAACCAGACACUUUGCGGUACAUCUUCAAUGAAAUGUGAACAUUAUAUUCUGGCUGAGCAUCUUUUUUGCCUCUCAUUGCUGUUGUAAGUAUCACUGUUGACACUGGAGCUACUCAUUACUCAGUAGACGUGCCAGCAACCAAGCUGGUCAUCGAGGGACAUGACAAGACAAAUUUGGGAAAUGUGUCUCAUGUUCAUUUUUGGGUACUGUGGAGCUGAAAGUGCAUUCAUUUAUUUUGUUUUCCUAAGCACUGUUUGUGACUUAUGUGAGAUUGGAUUUAUUAUUUAAUCACUGACACUUUGUUUACUUACUUGAGCUGAGAUUAUAGACUGAAUAGUGAGUUGACACUCAAACUUUGUGAAACAAUUCAACUCAAGGCACUGUGCACAUUUGUGGGUAUGAUUAUACCAUGGGAACCGUUCCCUUUUUUCCAGUCAAAUUAAACUCAGACCCCUAAAUCAGAUGUAAAGCUGAUUAAUAUUAGUGACCAAAAGACACUGG